GAGCGCCCGGGCCCCGCGCAGCCGCCCCCCCCCACCCGCCCCGCGCCAUGAAGGGCGACCCGCAGCGCCCCGAGGAGCCGCCCCUGCCGCCUCCCCCCGCAGCCGCCCCCGCAGCCGCCUCGCCCCCGGGGGAGGCGGGGGGCGCGGCGCCGGCGCCCCCGGUGUGGAUCUUCGGGUACGGCUCGCUGGUGUGGCGGCCGGGCUUCGAGUUCACGUCGCGCAAGGUGGGCUUCAUCCGCGGCUACAGCCGCCGCUUCUGGCAGGGCGACACCUUCCACCGCGGCAGCCAGCGGAUGCCCGGGCGAGUGGUGACGCUGCUGGAGGACUGCGGGGCGUGCACGUGGGGUGUAGCCUAUGAAGUCCGCGGGGAACAAAUCGCUGCAUCACUUCAGUACCUCAACAUGCGAGAAGCUGUUCUGGGAGGCUACGACACCAAGCUGGUGAAGUUCCACCCUCAGGAGGAAGAUGCAGAGGAACCCAUCCUGGCUCUUGUUUACAUUGCGACACCCCAGAACCCUUCUUACCUUGGCCCAGCAUCUGAAGAAGACAUUGCAGCUCAAAUCAUUGUCUCAAGUGGUUGUGCUGGUCAUAACAUUGAGUACUUGCUGAGACUGGCAGACUUCAUGCGCUUCUUUUGUCCUCAAGCAGAGGAUAAACAUCUCUUCUCAAUUGAAGAGGCUCUUAUUUCCAUCCUUCCAUGCCUAUACUACACAGAGGAGCCUCUAGAAGAAACUGCAAAUGUCCCUCAGAAGUCUAAGAGUUGAAAUAGAAAAUUAUUUUGCAGGGUCCCAGUAGGGAGAAAGCAAUGGGGACAAUCUUAACUCUGAUAAAAUGUACUGGCCUGAGUGAAUAAAGGGAGAAUUAGCAAGGACAAGGGGAGGGGAGGAAGUGGAGUAAAACCUGCUUGCUAUAGGACUUGACAUUACAAGGACUGUUACACUCCUUAGUUGUAGCACCACAAAAGCAUCAUCACUGCUUUCCAGGUGAGGAGCAGGGAUCUUCGCUGGAAUUUUGCUCUGUAAGAGUUGCUUUCUUUAGAGAAGAAAGAGGCUUAUCUAUUCUGUGCACUUGUUUUUUUUUCUUUUCUCUUUGAAGACUAGUUGAGCAGGACUUGACUGGAUUUAAGCAGUAUCUAUGUAAUUCUACCUCAGAUUGGCAAAAAACUGUUGGUGGGGUGGUGGAGACUUGGGCAGGCUCUGCCAAAUAAACCACUUUUCUUUUUUCCCCUGCCAUGUCCCAUCCCCAGUACAAUGACCUGACACUAAAUUUUAGGAGCUCUGUGCAAUAUUAAGUAAAUUUGCCUCUGUAGGCUCUUGUGGAUCCUACUUCCUGAUGUUGUCAAGGAUCACGGUAAUGCACUUAUUUUCUAAAAUGUCAUACUGUAUUUAUUGUGUGUUAUUUCCUCUGAGGAGGAGUAUCUAAACUGCUCACAUGCCACAGUGGUAUGUAGCCCACAUUCAACCUUGCGUUUGUGCCUUCUAUUUUCAAAUCAGUUUUCUGGGGAGCUAAGCCUGCUUUAACAGCAGAAGCUUUUCUCCCAAGAGUCGCUGACCUUGUGCUGCUACAGAACUGACUGCACAAGCAGCAGCCCUGCCUGUCUGGGAAGUCUCUGCUGUCUGCAGGAAAGCCAUCCAGAUGCAGCAGCACUUUAACUAGCUGUGCACUGGAUAAACCUCUGGUGCUGCAGGAUGAUGUGGGCUGCUGUAGAAGCACAUGAGGUUUCUAGUUCCAUACCUGGGUGUCUGUCUGGGACAUUUGACUGCAAAGGACCGUGACUGAGCAUAUUUGCAAGCCUUUGAGCUACUGAAAAGCCUGCCUUGACCAUGUUAAGCAGAGGUGCUGCUGCAAGUUCCGACUUUUCAGCUUCACAUAUUAACAGCAUGAAAACACAGUAUUUUAUAAGAAAACUGCUGCAACUGCAGCAAAAUAGCUCUUGAGAGCUGACCCCUGGGACACUUGACUCCUCCCAAAUAUCAUGUGGUUUUUUAGUAUUUAGAAAAAAAAAAAAGGGGACAGGCAGUUUUUGUAUUACUGUGGCUUGUAUGUAGAUGAGGUGGUACUGUGCUGUGCCCAGUAAUAAACUGCCAAAAUCAGUUUUCUGUACUUUGGUCUAUUUUUGUUACUGACUUAAAGUUCAAAUUUGUUUGGUUUUUGUUUUGUUGGGCUGUUUUUGUUUGGGUUUGUUUGUUGUUUUUUUUUUUAAAAAACCACCUUAGCUGGUGAUGCUGCAGCA